CUCGUCUCGUCUCAUCAUUCUUUAAGCUUAAUCCAAUCCAUUCAUUCUCUAAACCCCACUUCUCUCUCUUCUUUCUCUCUCCACUUCUCUCCUUUACCCCAUCAUAACGCCGUCAAAAGGAGAGAGAAAGGGACAGCAGAAUACCCGGAGAAAUGCAAAAACCGCCCCGGAUCUCACGCCGUUAGUUAACGUCCCUCUCCUUCUCUCUCUUGAUAGCUCCUCCACUCCUCCCUCUCUCUCUCUCUCUCUCUCUCUCUCUCUCUACAUUUCGUAUACAUAAAUAAAUGUCGCGUAUUGUCGCGGAGGACAUAAGUCUUUCCUCCUCCCUCUCUCGCCACCCCACAAGCGAUCACUCCCUUCCAUACUUCAACCCCGCGAUGCCAGACGACCAGCAGAGCCGAUUCCCGCGCGUCACCGCCCUGUCCCCAACGCUCGGGCAGCUGCUGAAGCGCGUGGGCGAUGCGCGCAAGGAGGCCACCGGGGAUGGCGGCGAGACCCCUGUCCACCACCACGCCCUCGAUGUGCUUGACCUUAGUGACGUGUCCAGCAGCACCACUGGUGCGCUUCGCGCGCUCCCGUUCGUCCUCCAGUUCGCCAACCUCAGCUACAGCGUCAAGGUCCGUCGGAAAUUCUCUUUCCAGUCCCUUCUCCCGGGAAAGCGCAGCCGUCUCGGUCCUGCAGCAGCUGCGGUGGCAGAGCCGAUCAACCUUUUCACCCGGACGAAGACCCUCUUGGAUGAUAUCUCUGGACAGGCCCGGGACGGGGAGAUCCUGGCAGUGCUCGGGGCGAGUGGGUCGGGGAAGUCUACCCUCAUCGACGCGUUGGCCAAUAGGAUCGCGAAGGGGUCUCUCCGUGGGUCCGUCACACUGAAUGGCGAGCCACUUGAGUCUAGGCUGCUGAAGGUCAUAUCUGCCUACGUGAUGCAAGACGACCUGCUGUUUCCGAUGCUCACGGUAGAGGAGACGCUGAUGUUCGCAGCUGAAUUCCGGCUCCCCCGGACACUGUCCAAGUCCAAGAAGCGGCUCCGUGUCCAGGCCCUCAUCGACCAGCUCGGGCUCCGCAAUGCUGCCAAGACUGUGAUCGGGGAUGAGGGCCACCGCGGGGUCUCGGGAGGUGAGAGGAGGCGGGUCUCCAUCGGGAUUGAUAUAAUCCAUGACCCAAUCAUACUCUUCCUCGAUGAGCCCACCUCGGGUCUCGACUCCACGAGUGCCUUCAUGGUGGUCAAGGUCCUGCAGCGCAUUGCCCAAAGUGGGAGCAUCGUGAUCAUGACAGUUCACCAGCCCAGCUAUCGGAUCCUCGGGCUGCUGGACCGGCUACUUUUCCUCUCGCGGGGGCAUACCGUCUACAGCGGGCCCCCCUCUAACCUGCCCAUGUUCUUCGCCGAGUUUGGGCACCCGAUACCUGAGAACGAGAACCGGACUGAAUUCGCCCUGGACCUGAUCCGUGAGCUCGAGGGUUCACCCGGUGGGACAAAGAGUCUAGUGGAAUUUAACAAGUCGUGGCAGAACAACACCAAGAAUACCCCCGGAUCCACUGUCCCUGAUGCCGACAGGGCCCAGGGGCUCUCCUUGAAGGAGGCGAUAAGCGCGAGCAUUUCCCGUGGCAAGCUUGUGCCGGGUGCCACCAAUGUGAACGUUGAUGCUGCAGGCGCUGCCCCGAUGGUCCCCACCUUUGCGAACCCCUUGUGGAUUGAGAUGGCGGUCCUCUCCAAGCGAUCGAUAAUGAACUCCCGCAGGAUGCCCGAGCUGUUUGGUAUCCGCCUUGGGGCGGUCCUUGUCACGGGGUUCAUUCUCGCCACAAUGUUUUGGCAGCUCGACAACUCCCCGAAAGGGGUCCAAGAGCGGCUAGGGUUCUUCGCCUUUGCCAUGUCCACCACCUUCUACACGUGCGCCGAUGCCCUCCCAGUCUUUCUCCAGGAGCGUUACAUCUUCAUGCGGGAGACCGCUUACAAUGCCUACCGGCGGUCCUCAUAUGUGCUCUCUCACUCGCUCGUGGCACUCCCGGCGCUUGUCUUCCUCUCCUUCGCCUUCUCCGCCACGACAUUCUGGGCUGUAGGACUUGAUGGCGGGAUGCAAGGUUUCGUAUUCUACUUCCUCAUAAUCUUCGCGUCCUUCUGGGCAGGCAGCUCGUUUGUGACAUUCCUCUCGGGGGUGGUCCCACACGUCAUGCUCGGUUACACCAUCGUGGUGGCAAUCCUCGCCUACUUCCUCCUUUUCAGCGGCUUCUUCAUAAACCGGGAUCGGAUCCCACCCUAUUGGAUCUGGUUCCACUACCUAUCGCUCGUGAAGUACCCGUACGAGGGGGUGCUCCAGAACGAGUUCGCGGACCCAGCCAAGUGCUUCGUGCGUGGGACCCAGAUCUUCGACUCUACCCCGCUUGGGGCAGUCCCGAAUUCAGUCAAGGUGAGGCUACUCCAGACAAUCAGCAACACGCUUGGGAUGAGCAUCACGAGCUCGACGUGCCUCACCACCGGGGCUGACAUUCUACAGCAGCAGGGGGUGACGGACCUCAGCAAGUGGAGCUGCCUGUGGAUCACUGUCGCCUGGGGAUUCCUGUUUAGGGUUUUGUUCUACUUCUCUCUCUUGCUGGGCAGCAAGAACAAGAGGAGGUAAUAAUGAAUAAUUAAUUAUAAUCAUAGUUAACGGUGUUUAAUUACAGAUAUAAUUAUUUAAUGUGUUUUUUUGAUGGAUCCGAAGUUGUUUUCCUUUUCCGGAAGGUGGUGAAUGUCGUUCCUUUCCCCCCCACCUUUAAGUUUAACCUUUUUUCUAUAUGAACAGUCUACAUACAUGUACAACUGUCGUAUAUAUAUAUAUAUUACCCGUCAUUUUCUCA